AUGCAUGUACCCGAUAAAGAGUGGAUGAAUCUUGGACGUCAACAUAGACAUCUGCCUGAAUAUAUUAAAGGGGUUGAUUCGUUUCUAGAUUUUGCUGAGAACUCGGGUAGAAAAACUGAUAUUGCAUGUCCGUGUAUUAAAUGUGGCAAUAGAAAUUAUGUGGAGAGAGCUAUCGUGAGAAGACAUUUAAUUGUACAUGGAAUAAGGGAAGAUUAUAAAUUUUGGGGCUGUCAUGGAGAAAAAAGGCCGCGAAAUGAUAAUAUUUGUGUAGAAGAUUAUAUUGGUGGUGAAAACGAUAAUGAUGUUGAAGAUGCUAAUGAUUUUGAUCAUGAUGAUUUAGAAGAUCAUAUUGAUGUACAAGUUGAUGAUCUAGGUGAUAAUGAUAUACAAGUAGAUAAUGAUGAAGAUGACGAUGUUUGUAUGGAAAAUAUUUUAAGUGAUUUAUUAUAUCCACAUUGCGGCGGUUCCAACAAUAGUGAACCACAGAAGGAUGCCAAAAAAUUUUAUAAAGUAUUGAAUGAUUCGAAUGAACCCUUAUACAAAGGAUCAAAAAUUUCAAAAGCAUCCACAUUAUUAAAACUACUUCACCUAAAGAAUGUUGGACAAUGGACAAAUACGUCAUUUGAUAUGUUAUUGAAAUUGUUAAAGGAAGAAAUAUUACCGGAAAAUUCUAAUCUUCCAGAUUCAUUUUAUGAGUCUAAAAAAUUUCUUCGGGAUAUCGGUCUUUCUUAUGAGAAAAUUGAUACAUGUAAAUAUAGUUGCAUGCUAUUUUGGAAGAAUGAUAAAGACUUAGAAUGUUGUAAAGUGUGUGGAUAUUCCAGAUGGAAAAUUGACGAAUCUACUCUUGUACCUCGAAAGAAAGUCAAUGGGAAAAAUAUCCCGAAUAAGGUGUUACGUUAUUUCCCACUAACACCAAGGUUGCAAAGGUUAUAUAUGUGUUCAAAAACUGCUCCUUCGAUGAGAUGGCACAAGGAUACUAGAGUUGAUGAUGAAGUUUUGAGGCAUCCGGCUGAUUCUAUUACAUGGAAAUCAUUUGAUGAAAAUUAUAUAGAUUUUUCCGUUGAACCUCGUAAUGUGAGACUUGGUCUAGCAAGUGAUGGGUUUCAACCAUUUACAAAUGGAAAAAUAUCGUACAGCAUUUGGCCUGUGAUCCUUAUUCCUUACAAUUUAUCACCAACAACAUGCAUGAACUCGUCAAAUUUCAUUAUAUCAAUGAUAAUUCCAGGUCCAGAAAGUCCAGGAGAUGCAAUUGAUAUCUAUUUGCAGCCGUUGAUAGAUGAACUAAGUGAAUUGUGGAAAACUGGAGUGGUAACAUAUGAUGCAUCAACUUCUCAAAAUUUUACUUUACGGGCCGCUUUGUUGUGGACAAUUAACGAUUUUCCAGCAUACGCGAACUUAUCUGGAUGGAGUACAAAAGGGAAGCUUGCAUGUCCAUGCUGUAAUAAAGAAACUAUCUCAAUGAGAUUGAAAAAUGGUAAGAAACAAUGUUACAUGUGUCAUAGACGUUUUCUCUCUGAGGACCACAAAUUUCGUAUGGAAAAAAAUUCAUUUGAUGGUACUGUUGAAGUUAGAACGGCGCCUGAAAUAUUAUCCGGAAAAGAUGUUUUAAGUCAAGUACAAGAUUUGAAAGGUCUAGUCCUAAGUUCAAAAUCACUACAAAAAGAAAACUUGGAACAACUUAAUAUUGAUAUUUCUUUGACACUUUGCAAGUUGGAAAAGGUAUUUCCUCCAUCAUUUUUUGACAUAAUGGUACAUUUGCCUAUUCAUUUAGCAUUUGAAGCUUUGCUUGGAGGACCUGUUCAAUAUAGGUGGAUGUAUCCAAUAGAACAAUAUAUCGAUUCAUUAGUAGAGUCUUCUCUAUCAGAGAAUUUUCUAUCCAUAUUUUCAUCCAUUGAAGAAUUAUCAACCGGAACACCAUAUACAUAUGAAAAAGGUGAUCGAGAAAAGGCUCAUAUGUACGUAUUAAAGAAUUGUGAAGAGGCUGAACCAUUGUACUGUGAAUACAUGCAAGGACGCUUAAAUGAUGAUUGUGAUGAACAAUAUAUCGAUUGGUUUAGAGUCAAAGUUGAACAAUUAACAGACGAAAGUCAAAGAUCCUAUGAUCUUAAAACUUUGGGAAGUGGUCCGACUAUCUAUGCGUCCAAAUUCGUGUGGUGUAAAAUAAAUGGAUACAAAUUUAAUACGGAAACACACGACCGAGGUUUAACGACUCAAAAUAGUGGUGUUCUCGUAGUUGGCAACAAUGGCACAGAAAUUAUGAACUAUUAUGGAGUGUUGAAUGAAAUUAUUGAAAUGCAAUAUCUUCGUGGAAAACGAAUUGUACUUUUUAAGUGCAAGUGGUUUGAUGUGCAUUCUAAAGAAAGGGGAAUCAAAAUAGAUAAAUAUGGUUUUGUUAGUAUAAAUUUUGAUAGAACAUUGAAAAAUCAAGAUGAACCCUUUAUAUUGGCAAGUCAAGCAAAACAAGUGUUUUAUACCGAAGAUAAUGUCAACAAAUCUAGUUGGAAAAUUGUGACAAUGACAAAUCCUCGAUACUCAAAUAUUUGA